AUGACAGAGUACGCCAUACGCCACAUAGGGGCGAAGUGGGGCUCGUCUCAAAAGCACAUGGAAAACACAACUGAUAUUACCGCUAGCAAAAACAAGAUGGCCUUCUUCCUCGUCUGCGGCCAGCAGACCUUUCGCUCCGAAGUCAAGGGCUACGAGGGCAUCGUCACCCAGUGCCACCACUGCGGCAAUAUGGGUGCCCGCGUGCAAAAGGAGCGUCCGUUCUUUACCAUUUGCUACAUCGUCAGUGCCCCCCCGCCCCUCCUGCUAGAACAAACAUUGAUGCUAACAAAAAUCGAACAGCCCGUGAUCCCAUUCACUAUUUCGGGAUACCAGGACGUUGUCUGCGGCAUAUGCAACUUUCACCAACCACUCGACAAACGCCCCGAUGUCAUGGCCAUGGCCAACGACGGCGGCGGCGGCGGCGGUCCGCAAUCACAGCAGCAGCACGGCCAGAAACCCCAAGGCAACAAUAAUACUCAACAACAGGGAUACAAUCAGCAGGGGCCGCCGCAGGCACAGUACGGUCCUCCACCGCAGGGCUACUACUCGCCGCCGCCGCAGCAGGGCGGUCAACAACCUCCACCGCCACAAGCCUGGCAGGGCCAGCAGCAUCAGUAA